AUGCGAAAAAGAGAGAAAACUCGCAGCGUCAAGCAGCAAGCAAUACAGCCAUCCUCGCCACACGCUGCACCCACCCCCCCGUCACGCUGCGCAAAGUCGCAGCGGCCGACAGCCGCCUGCCCUGCCCAGGCAGCAGCCAGCAACCCCACCGGGGAAACUCCCCCCUCCCCCCUGUCCCCCAGACAGCUGUGUCGAGGAGCCGAGCCACGGGCAGUCAAGACGGCGGCAGUCGCAGCCAAAGUAGCUGCCGCCACUGCUAUUGACUCCGAGCACAACGGAAAAGUCAGAAUAAGGAAGAGGCAAGGCCCUUCGUCGGCUCCCUCGGAGUCUGUAGAAGAUCUCACGGCUCGAAUGUCUAACCAACUUUGUCUGUCAGCCCCUGCACUGGAUGCUGCAUCUGCUGCGGCAUCCUCCACGGUGUCUGCACCUGCAGCAGCAGACGCUGCUGCUGCCAUGGGAGCGCUAAGCGGCGCAGUUGAAGGAUCCAAAAUGCUGCAACGAGUCAGGAAACACCUGCAGCCUCUUCCUGAGCUUUUGCACAAGGCUCUGCAGCAGCAACAGCAGCAGCAACAGCAGCAGCAGCAGCAGCAGCAGCAGGCAAGCUGCUUCCAAGGACCUCUAGAUAAUCAAGAAGACAUACUUCCGCUGCUCAAUGGGGUCCGUGCUCUACGGCAGCUUCUUUCUGCUGCGGGAGAAAUACCCAUUGCUGCAUGUCUCGAGGCUGGCGCGCUGCCCUUACUCGUGGGCUGCCUAGCACAUGACAGCAAGGCCCUUAUGCUAGAAGCCGCCUGGUGCCUCACAAAUCUUGGGAGUGGGAGCAGCGCGGACGCCGCUGCAGUCGUAAGCUGCGGAGCUUUAGCCUUCAUUUUUUGCGGUCUCUUUGCAUUCACUCCCGCGUCUCUGCCCCUCUACUGCAAGCCUGUGCUGCUGCUUGCUGAAGGCAGUCCGCAGACGGGAAGCUGCGAAAGCCUCAGGGAAGGAGGCGCUGGUGCUCCGACAGAAGAAGAAGCCUUCGAGCAGCUCCUGUGGGUUCUAGGCAACCUUACAGGAGACAGUCCUCUGUAUAGAGACAUUGUUCUCUCGCAUGAGCUGUUGCAGAAGCAUUUCCACGCCCUCCUCCUGCAUGGCCAGCCCUUGCAGCAAGGCAUGCAGGAACGCCUAUUUCAUGCGCAGCAGCAUGCCAUCACACCGCCUCUGCAGCAGCUUCUCCUGCAGCGCAUGCACCGCCUCGCAGCGGCAGCGACACCCCUCCCAACCCAACAACAGCAGCAGCUGCCUUCGCUGCAUCAACAGCUGCUGCUGCUGCUGCAGCAUGCAAGACGGCCGCAGACGUGGCGCACCGCAGUGUGGCUUAUUUCGAAUCUCUGCAGAGGAAAUCCUAGGCCUGAGGCCAAGUUGCUCUUGCCGCUGCUGCCCCUGCUACGGCAUGCCCUACAGCAAGCGUCAUUGCAUCAGAUGCCGCAUCGGGAGGCGGAUUGGACGUUGCAGCAGGAGACUCUCGCUGACGCGUUCUGGGCUGUCGAUGGCCUCCGCUCGCUGCUGCCUCUGCAUCCUGCGCUGCGGGUUGUGGGACAAGUUGCUGCUGGGAGUACGCGGCAGACGCAGCAGCUGCUUGCCUGUUGCUGCUGUUUGCGGUGCUUAGAAGCCUCGCAUGCACCGUCCGUCGCUGCAGAAGACCCCUGCAGCAACGCCGAUAGCCUCAUGUUGCGCUGCCUCCGCACGCUGCUGCUGCAGACGGACCGCCCCUCCCUCUGCAGAGAGGCGUGUUGGGCUUUAAGUAAUCUCGCUGUUGGCAGCAGCCAGCAGUUGCAGCUCUUGCUGCAGUCCAACAUCUUGCGGCAUGCGCUGCUCAUGCUGCAGGAGCAGCCUCACGUGGGACCAGAGCUGCGCAAAGAGGCGUUGUGGCUUGUUUCCAAUGCGUGCGCUACCGCAGAAAGCCUCCAGCAGAUUCUCCCGCUGCUGCAGCAUGGCGCACUGCAACAGCUGUGGGCCUUGCUGGAAAUCGCAGCUGCUACAGCGGACGGAAGGGCUGCAGAAGCAGCGCUCAGUGCCCUUGGCAAUAUCGUGCAAGGAGGCGCUGCUGCUGCUGCAACAAGUCUACGAACAACAUCUCACUGCCACAGCAGACCGGAAGAGCGACGAGCUUGCAUGCAAACUGCUGCAGCUGCGGGACUCCACGCAUCACGCUGUACCCUUUGGCUCCAAAAAUCACCACCUUUUUGUCAACUAACUGCAGCAGCUGCGUCUGCUGGUGCGCACUGCCUUAUUACGGCAGCAGACUCUCAACAACCGACAUGCCCCGAAUCCGUACUUCCAAAAGUUACAGGACACUGCAAGCACGCCAUUGCAACCAGCAGACGCACUCCUUGUGCUCAAAGAAACGUUGGUGGGGCGAUAUCGCUGGCUCAAUGCGACCUUAAUCCAUCUGGUGAUGAGCGCAUGAGUCCAAAGCACUGGUAUGCAUCUGAAUAG